ACGCAUUGCUUUGAAUUUAAAGGCAGAGGCGUUAGACAGUUCAUUCAUUUCCUAAUUCAUUCAGUCACAUAUGCCCGAAAUCUGAAGAUGGAGCACUAAAUCAAUUUUAAAUAUACCAUUACAUACUCUACGGCUUAUUAUACCAGGGCUAAUACAAACAUUAAUUUCCGGCAAAAACAUAUACGUUUGCAACACAUCCAUUUGAAAGACAAGUAAAUGUUGUUAUAGUGACAUGUCUGCUUCAAUCCCUCAGAAGGGACUGGGUCCGGGUAUGCCUGGCAUGCCCUCUCAGCAGCAGCAGUCGCAGGCACACAUGACCCCUGGACUAGGACCUGGUCAGCCUGGCAUGCCUCCACAAAGUGCUCUGCGUGAAAUAUCUCCAGUCUACCUGUGCCGCAUUGGUCAGGAGACCGUCCAAGACAUCGUCACGCGCACAAUGGAGAUCUUCCAGAUUACACGGGCCACUCAGCUGCCCAACGGUGUGACGCAAAGCCAGGCAGCGUAUCAGGACCGCUUUGGAAAGCUGCAGGAGCAUCUACGUCAGCUGACGCUUCUUUUUCGUAAGCUGCGUCUUCUGUAUGAACGCUGUGUAGAGAUGACAACCGACCUACAGGAGUCUCCAGCAGAACUGGUUCCUUAUGCAGGGGAGGAGACCGCACCUAUGAGGGUGGAGCCAUGUAGCCCAGCGGUUAUCCAGGAAAGACAAGAAGUUCUUGAGAAAGUGAGGCAGAAAAACCAUGAGAUGAAGGUGCUAAUGGACCAAAUGAGGAACCUCCUCUGGGACGUCAAUGCCAUGCUCACCAUGCGAAAAUGACAGCGAUGGACUAUCCGUAAGACAUCUGGCCAGCUUCUGUGAAUUUUGAUUACACAACUUCACACAAUUCUGGUGCUGUUGCACAAUCAUCCGAGAUUAUAGCAGACUUCCUUUUAUUUACUGCUUGUGCUAAAAUAUUUCAUCAAACAAGAUGAGUAGUGUGAAUGCCAUGAUGAUGUGAGCUGGUUGUUUUUUUUUACUUGAUGACUUUGUAAAAAAUAGUGCUUACACUAUGAUCCUUUGUGUUGCAUAUUACAUUUGCGGUCCUUGGGUAGAGUGUGCGGGUGUGUUUUUCUUAGAGUUCCACAUUACACUCCCGAUCCCUUACUUCAGUGUAAGGGAUCCUCUAAAAAUAUUCAAAUGAACUAUUGAUUUUACAUCUUUCUUUUGUGUUGUUGUUGGUUGUUGGUGACUUAAUGAAUUUAAUACAUUUUAUACAAAAUAAAAAACAACUUUGUCAACUCUUG